AUGGAGACCAGAGGCGAAAUGUAUUAUGCCGGUGAGGCCGAGGCAGAUAGUCCCUUCGAGCCAACGACGCUGGGGAAGCCGCUGGCAGAGCAGAGCGCCGUGUCGGACCAGGUUUCGGAAGAAGACGUCGCUCUUGAGCUAGGGGGACCAUCUUUGGAAGAUGGAGAUCGCCAGGCACUCGUAGAUACCCUCACCCGUCUGCAGCCGGUACUGCCGGAUGUGGUGCGUGGGACCCCUGCAUAUGUGCCGCUCCGAAGGGGUGGGCGCAUUCUGCGAGGCGUCGGCGUCAAGAAUAAGGACAAGUUGUAUAGCCUCAGCUACCCCACCACGAGGAUUAAGCAGUUCUGGAGCCACAGCUGGCACGGGGCGACGUUCUCAAAGGUGCUGAUGCUUCUCGUCAUGAACAAUGGCCUUCCCAGCAUUUGCAUGGGCACUUUGGGGGGAGUCUCCUUCUUCUUCCUCUGGUGGUCCGUUGGCACAUCACAGCAGCCAAUGUAUGCUUAUCAUGCUUGGGACCUGAUGAUCUGCACCACUCUCUUCUCCGUGUGCUGCUGCGCUGCGACCUUGUUCUUCUGGCGCCCACGCCACGCGGUCUUCGUGGACCUGAUUUGCAUCCAUCAAGCAGACGAAAGCAAGAAAGUUGCGGGGUUGAUCAGCAUGCCUGCCAUUCUCAAGUCUUGCAGCUCCAUUGUCGUUUGUUGGGAUUCAAGCUACAUGCGAAGGGCCUGGUGCGUUUUCGAGAUGGCGGCCUUCAUGAAAGCGCAUGGAGAGGAUGCGAAGCUUCUGAUACGACCGACGUUCUUUGGACCUUGCAGCGUUGCCACCGUUGCAGGACUGGCAGGUGUUCUGGUGGUGAACAUCGCUACCUUCUACUUGACCGAAGGAGCCAGUCCUGAUCAAAAUGUCGCAGCCACAAACCUCAGACUGGCCCUCAUACUGCUGGCAGUAACCAGCUUCAUGUUUGCUGCAGUGUCUUCUUUUCGCAGGUACUACGUUUCAGUUCAGGAGAUGCAGAUGCAAUUGAAGGAUUUCGCCAUUGAGGAGACCUUGGCCCAUUGCUGCACUAUGAAGCACCAGGACGAAGAAGGAAAUCCGAUUACGAUUUGCGACAAGCAAAUCAUCAUCGAUUGUAUUGUCCAUUGGUUCGGAUCGACGGACGCCUUCAAUCAGAGGGUGAGGGAGAGAAUGCAGGUUGCCCUGCUGCCACAGUUGUUGGGCUAUCUCUCUUUCUCGUACUCUUGGAUGGUCGCUUGCUGCACUCCUUAUGUGUGGGGUUCCAUGGUCCCGAUCUUGCUCACCGCGCUCGCUGAAGACUGGACUUACAGUGCUGACGCAGCAUUGCGCGCCAUCGCUUGGUGGCUAGGAGGCUUUCCCAUUAUGGGCAUGAGCGUAGUUGCAGUCUCGAAAGUGCUAAGUCGGCCGUGCUCACGCUCCAUCAGCUUCCUGGUCAACUUGAUGGCUUCGUCGGUUGUCAUGCCCGUCUACAUCGGCAUUGAGUGGUGGAUGGUUAUGUGGGAGCGCAUGUAUCCGCUCCCGACAGGGCAAGCUGUGUACGUCGGCUCUUUAGUGUUCGUCGCACUGCUGCUCAACUUCGUGACGUCACGCACAUCAAAACUGAUUGUGCGGAGGAGCCAGGAGGUUCAUGGGACGGUUGUCCUGCAGGAUGUGAGCAGCACUUACGGUGGUGGGAGCGGCAUGGAGGACGUCUUCUCCAUCGCAGCGAUGACCGCGCGACGCCCUCCGGGAGGAGUGCGCAUCGAAAGACUGCACCUGGCUUUCCGAUACGUCCUGCGGGGCUGCGACCCCGGACGAGAGGGCCUCGGAGCGGUGAAGAUGUCGGUGGCGCUGCAGAGCAUGGCCUACAACGUCUCGAACUGCUCUGCAGUGGGGCCAGCAUCCGCAUGCCACGUCAGCUGUGCCGAAGGGUCUCAAGGCGAGGCCGUGGCAGAGUGCCCGGAACCAGACGGCUACUUCGCCAUAAGUGGCUGUCAGGCUCACUGCCUUGCCCUUCCGCGCUACAACCAGGCCACCGACCCUGAUGGCAUCACUGGAGCUGCAGAGGUGAGCUGCGCAGAGGGCCUCGUUAUCCCCCACGGCGACUCAUGCUCGCCGAGCUGCCGGGAGGGCAUGAUUUCGGACUUCGCCACCAUCCUGUGCAACGACUCCGUCUUUGAGCCUGAGCGGUUCUCCUGCCAUCCAAUCUGCGCAGCGCCGGACGGAGGGUUGCUUGCAGCUAGCCCUGCCUGCGAGGAGCUCCUCACCUCCCCGGGACUCCGCCCCGGCCCCUGCACAGCUCAGUGCCAGUUGGGCUACCGGCCUCGUUGGAUUACACCUCCGGAGGGGGCCAUGGUAUCCCCGCCAUUCCUGCAGCUAAACUGCAGCGGCGGGAAGCUGAGUCCGACCACCAGCUUUGACUGCCAGCCCCUUUGGCUGCCCAUCGCGGACUUUGUGGCUGGAGGACCACACACCCUGAGCUCCUUCAAUGCGGAGCUGGGUCAUCACCUCCUCCUCAGCAGCGCCGAUCAGGAAAGCCGGACAGUGAGCAGCUUGGAGCUCCAUCGCUUGGAGCGCCAUGGACAGGAGAUGGAGCUGAUCCAGCUGACACAGGUCCAGGCGCUUGAUGCCCUGGCAUUGGAGGCCUUGCCGGUCUACUUGGGCGACGGCCUCUAUGUGGUCACAUCUUCCCUCAGGGGUACCUCCCUGUGCUCACCGGUUCUUGCCCUGGUCCCCAACGCCACGCAGAGCUUCGAGGCCAGCGAGGUGCAGCAGCUUCCCUUCGCGGAGCUCCCGGGGCCCCUGAAAGUUCUCACCGUCGCGGAGGACGGAGGUCCCCGGUCUUUGCUCUUCGCUCCCGGAAUGCCUGGUUUCGGGGGCGCCGGGCCUCCAUGUGCGGAGGACGCCCAGGCUUCGAAUGCCACCGACUGGUUGGAGCUUCCGGCCAUCUUCCAGUGGAACGGCACACACUUUCAGGAGACACAUCGCCUGCCCUUCGGUGCCACGCACCUGGAGCCCUUUGCAUGGCAGUCACAGGUGCUGUUGUUCGCCGCGGCAGGCCAGGGGCAGGCGCAGCUCUAUGAAAGCAACGCCAGCGGCAGCGAUGAGCUUGUGUUCCUUACCACCAACUUCUCUGCUCAGGGAGCCUUGUCUUCUCUUUGGCUCGGCUGCCGCAACGACGCCGGCUACGUGGAUGUCGUGACCGGACUGCCUUGCUCGCAUUUGGGUGCAGAUGCCUGUGAUAGCAACGACGUGCAGCUUGCUUGUGGACUUCUCUGCGGCUGCAACCACUCCGAGGGGUUCCUGGCGGUGGCCUUCGCUUACCCGGAGAGUCGCCUCCAGGUUAUGGAGGUGUCCCUGCAAAGCCCGUGA